GUGAAUUGAUUCAAAUAGUUUAACACAUUACCAAAAAUGUUCUUCAAAACCGUAUUGAUCUCAUCUCUUCUGGCCGUAGUGUUCAGUGCAGCAGUACCAGAAUCCAAAGAGCCAGUACCAAUCCUAGCUCAAGAUUCCGAGGUGCAACCAGACGGUUCGUUUAAGUGGAGUUUUGAAUCGGGUGACGGUACCAAACAGGAGCAAUCCGGUGUACCAAAACCUGCAGAAAACGGUACCAUCGAAGCCAUUCAAGGUUCCGUUUCAUGGACAGAUCCAGAAGGAGGCCAACACGCUCUGACCUACACCGCAGAUGAGAAUGGGUUUGUGCCUCAAGGUUCCGAUGUGCCUGUGGGACCUGAAGUACCAGCAGCUAUUGCCAGGGCUUUGGAGUAUAUAGCUGCCCAUCCACAACCAGAAGAAAGUGCACAGCAAUAAUAGGAGUAAUAUUGUUUAUUUUAGACAAAAAUUGGCUGUGGUAUUUGAGUUUGUAAAACCAUGAAUAAUAUUUAUGACAAUAUUUUUUACAUUGAUGAAUUUAUAAUAUUUUUUUUAUGUUGUUUUUAAGCACUUUUUAAUAAAUUGUUAUAUAU